GCACGCCGGGAGGCACCGUGAGGGGUAUAAGGGCAGGCGGCCUCCGCCAUCUUCCUCUCGGCGCCGCGCAGCCAUGGGGCACCAGCAGCUCUACUGGAGCCACCCCAGGAAGUUCGGGCAGGGCUCCCGCUCUUGCCGCGUGUGCUCCAACCGCCACGGCCUCAUCCGCAAAUACGGGCUCAACAUGUGCCGGCAGUGCUUCCGCCAGUACGCCAAGGACAUCGGCUUCAUCAAGCUGGACUGAGCGCCGGGAGGAUGAGGCGACAUCCAGCAGCUCUCGCGGCGUCCCAGGGCCUCCCUGACACAUCUGCAGCGUCUCUCAGCCUUUCUUAAUAAAUGGUCUCCUAACCUA